UUUACUCUUCUUUCACCGACCGUGAGUCUCACGAUGCGACUUUUUCUGGUGUUUGCGAGCUGUCGGGAACAAACCGGGCUGUUAAAAAUGUUACAGGGUCGUUAAAUUUAUUGGAACGUGACUACCGGAGAUGAACUUUCUCCGUAAUGAUUGCGGAGCUCCGGUGAAUGAUUGACAGUAGAGGCUCGCCUGGCGCUCUGUGGACCUUUAUGGACAAACUGGAUUUACUGCCAGGAGUUCAGCUCCUUUGGUUUCAAUCAUUGAAGGCUGAAGGCAGAGGCUGAAAGGUGCGUUUCCCUUUGGAGCCGGUCUGUCCAGCACAAGAAGUUUCUGUGACUGAUCAUACAUUAGAAGAAGCUACUUUUCCCUCCGUUGCUCUCUUUAUUUUCCUUGUUUUAAUGACUCUAAAUUAAUAAUUCUAAAAUAAUUUAAUAUUUAUUGUCUAUAUGGCAUCCACGGUGAGGGACCCGCCGUGCAGCCCGGUGCUCCCGCGGCCCCUCGUGCUGCUGCUGCUGCUGUUCCAGUGUCCAGGUCUCACGUUAGGAGCCUCCAAGGAUCUGGUGUGUGAGCCCAUAACUGUGCCCAUGUGCAGGGGCAUCGGCUACAACCUGACCUACAUGCCCAAUCAGUUCAACCAUGACACCCAAGAGGAGGUGGGACUGGAGGUCCACCAGUUCUGGCCCCUGGUCCGGAUCCGCUGCUCUCCAGACCUGCUCUUCUUCCUGUGCAGCAUGUACACCCCGAUCUGCCUGCCGGACUACCGCAAGCCGCUGCCCCCCUGCCGCUCCGUGUGUGAGCGGGCCAAACGAGGCUGCUCCCCUCUGAUGAGCCAGUACGGUUUCGAGUGGCCCGAGAGGAUGAGCUGCGAACAGCUGCCCCAGCUGGGCGGUGAGAUCCUGUGCAUGGACCAGAACAGCAGCGAGACCACCACCCUGGCUCCACCCUUCCCCAAGCCCACCCCUAAAGGCCGGACCAGACCCCCCAGCCCACCGCAGUGUGACAGGGAGUGCCGCUGUCGAGAACCCCUGGUCCCCAUCAAGAGGGAGUCCCACACUCUGUACAGCCAGGUCCACACCGGCCCCAUACCCAACUGCGCCCAGCCCUGCCACCAGCCCUACUUCUCAGCCGACGAACGCGCCUUCACCAGCUUCUGGGUGGGACUGUGGUCGGUGCUGUGUUUCAUCUCCACCUUGACGACUGUCGCCACCUUCCUCAUUGACAUGGAACGCUUCAAGUACCCAGAGAGGCCCAUCAUCUUCCUGGCUGCUUGCUACCUGUUUGUCUCUUUGGGUUACAUCAUCCGCCUGGUGGCAGGUCAUGAGCGAGUGGCGUGUGGCGCCAGCAACAGUGUUAGUGGUGACCAGCUGUACGUCCUCUACGACACCACUGGCCCCGCUCUCUGCACCCUCGUUUUCUUGUUGGUGUAUUUCUUUGGUAUGGCCAGCUCCAUCUGGUGGGUGGUGCUGUCCUUCACCUGGUUUCUGGCGGCAGGGAUGAAGUGGGGCAGCGAGGCCAUCGCAGGAUACUCUCAGUACUUCCACCUCGCCGCUUGGCUCAUCCCCAGCGUUAAGUCCAUCAUUGUCCUGGCUCUCAGCUCUGUGGAUGGGGACCCCGUCGCUGGAAUCUGCUACGUUGGGAACCAGAGUCUGGAGAAUCUCAGGGGAUUCGUACUCGCACCUCUCGUGGUUUACCUCUUCACCGGCUCCCUUUUCUUACUCGCCGGAUUUGUUUCACUCUUCCGAAUCAGGAGCAUCAUCAAACAAGGUGGCACCAAGACGGACAAACUGGAGCGGCUGAUGAUCCGCAUUGGGCUCUUCACGGUGCUGUACACCGUCCCCGCGACCAUCGUGGUGGCCUGCCUGGUCUAUGAGCAGUACUACCGGCCUGGCUGGGAGCGAGCCCUGGCCUGCUCCUGCCCGUCCGAGCGCCAGCGCUCAGGCGUGGGUCCAGACUACGCGAUCUUCAUGCUCAAGUACUUCAUGUGCUUAGUGGUGGGCAUCACCUCAGGGGUCUGGAUUUGGUCAGGGAAGACCUUGGAAUCCUGGAGGAGGUUUGUGGCCCGAUGCUGCCCCUGCUGGCUGCAGAAAGCCACUGCGCCACCCUCCAUGUACAGUGAGGCCAGUACUGCUUUAACUGGACAUACUGGAAGUGGUCUGACAUCAGGGAUCUACCAUAAAGCUGCUCCAUCCCAUAUAUGAACUGAGCAGCACAGUGACACGUUUUAAGAGGACUGAUGUUCGUACAGUCUGAGUGGUCACCUCAGCUAAAGUAUCCAAACACCCAGAAUGUGUCUGCAGGACUGCGUGCUUGUGUAUCACUGUGCUCUGAAUUUCAGCUCUAACAAAAACUAGACGACUGUGACAAUAUGAAACCAUGCAUCAAAAGAUUCAGAGUGUAAAAAGGGAAAACAAACAAAUAACCUGGGUAAUGGGAAUUUAAACUAAAGAAAAUUCAACACAGAAUAUAUAUUUAAAAAACUAAAGUCUGACUCCAACAAUUGGAACUGCUUGUGUAAGCAGUAGAGCUGAGACAGCUGACCAAAGUUGACAUUUACUGAGAUCUUCAAACCCCACAGAGUUACAUGGAUCCAAGAUGGAAUAACACACACUUCUUCCAAUCGGCUUAACCUGAGCACUAAGAAGAAAAAUAUUUAUUUAUGUAUAUAUUGUUUAUACGUUUCCUGUAAAAAAAAAAAAGAAAAGAAAAUUAGGUGUAUAGUGUGAUAUGUUUUAGUUUGUAACCAACCAAUGCCACUGCCACAAGCUAAGUGUAAGACACCAGAGAAAACUAAUUGUAUAAACUUGUACAUAAAUGUGUUGUGUUGUUUCAAGUCAGUGUUUGAGUGUGAUAUCUGGUGUGUUUGUUUAGGUCUUCUCAGACAUGGAAGUUGUCUGGGAAGCAAACAAAAAGGAAUUUGUUCUUUAUAAUGGAUACUGUCAUGACCUCUGAGCUCUGUUGUUAGGCUGCAUCACAGUUAAAGUCACUACAGUCUGUUUCUGAGUGAACUUGUUCUGUCCAUGUUGUAGGAGCUAACAGGCAGUGAUCAGGUUAAAGCUGCACAAUGAAACUGACCAUGGACUUUACCCCCAUCUACUGGUUCACAGUGGAACUGCUCACUGAUGUUCUUCACAUCAGGGGGAAAAAUGGACCCCAUAACAGAUUGACAUUAGACCCCAGACCCUUAGCUGAGUAAGACAAAGAGUGAUUACAAACAAAGUGGUAACAGUUAAAUCCACUAUUGGAAUAGUUAUUCUUUUGUAUUCUCGUAUUAUUGGGGGUUUCUGUUUGGACAGUUCUCCUGUGGAUUCCCUGAAACCAACUCAAGGACCCCUAAAAAGGUCCCUGGACCUCACUUUGAGAACCAUUGCUCUACUUUUCUAGUUAAUUGUUGCCAUAGACCCUGAACAGAAAGAUGUUAGGGUCAUAGACUGAUAUCGUUUUAAAAUAAUUAGUCAAUUAAACAAAAUCGACAAAUUUAACCAGUAACAGUUUUGAUAAUCGACUUAAAGUAAGAAUGCUUCUCAAAUGUGAUAAUUUGCUGCUUUCCUCCGUUUUAUACACUGUAAGGUGAAUGUCUUUGACUUUUGGACUGUUGGGUGGAGAAAAUAAGCAAUUUGAGGACAUUAGCUUAGUGAUGGGGAUGUCCACUAUUUUCUGAUAUUUUAUAAAUGAUCAUAAAAUAAAUCGGCACAUUGAUUGAUGCUCAUUAGUGGCAGCCCCUUAUAUAGUCAGACAUACUAUAUAUUAUGUUGUGCAGAACACAAAACAAAAUAUUGCUUUUGUAUGAAUUCAAAACACUAAGUUUAAUAUUUUGGGGUUUUGAACUGUUGGUUGGACAAAAUAAGCACUUUGAACAUUUUUCAUUAUUUUAAACAAGCACUUUUGGAGGAUGCCGCUUUUCAUCCACACAGUUGGCUGUAUUUACACUACCUAUAAAUGAGUUAUAGAGAAGAAAGUUAUCAGCAGAGAGCUGUGGUCUAAUGUGGGUCAUCUGUUUUUAGGGGUCCUGACAGCGUAAACUGAGGGUACCUGCUGUCUGUCCAUACAGAGGUCACACUUAGUGCACAAAUUAACUGUUAACGUAACCUUAAAGACACAAACUACAAAAAGCGGGGAAAAAAAUCCCUAUAUAAGUGCGAUUGGGUUGAAACUUUUCUGCUUUCUCCCUCCCUGCUGUGAUGGUCUGUGAUAUUUUCAUUCUGUUGUUGACCAAUUGUGUUGUUUAGACUACUGUGUGUCCACAUGCUAGAUGAUAUCUCUAAUUUAUUAGGCUGAUUUGUGUGAGUGAAUGUGAUUGUACGAGUGAUGAUGAACGUGUUGGUAAAAACUGACAUUUAGGUUUAUUUGUUUAAGUGUAAAUCUGCUUUCACAUGGACAAAGUUCCUCAAAGGAUAUAAAAAAUAUUGUAGAUUUUGAUUCAUAUUGUGGAAUUAAAACUGAGUUGAUCUCGA